UCUCACCAAGGGACAGUCUGGUAGUUAGUGGGUAGGAGGCAAGCGAGAAAAGAGACAGAGGAUAUGAAAGACGGGGAAAGGAUGAAAGGAAGUUCGAAAGAACAGAAGAUAAAGAAAUGGUUUGCACGGAGAUGGACGGAUCCCGAGCGUGGCGGCAGUCACAUGAUCUCCACAGAUGACCUGGAGUAUCCACGAGAGUACCGGACGCUGGGGAACACGGCGCGGCGCUUCUCCAAUGUGGGCCUGGUGCACACGUCGGAGCACCGCCACACCGUCAGCGCCGCCCAGAGCCUGGAGGCCCUGACCAACCUGCACAAGGCGGACAUGGAGCGCAAGCGGGACGCCUUCAUGGAUCACCUGAAGAGCAAGUACCAACAGCAGCAGCAGCAGCAGCAGCAGCUGCAGCAUCCGCACCACAGCCCCCACCACAACCCUCCAUCACCGUCACCCUCCCACGCCAGCAUGAGGGGCUCAUCAGAGCGCUCCGCACGGGAACAGCAACAGCCAAACUACUGGAGCUUUAAGAGCCGCAGUCCACGACAUUCCCAGUCUACUCAGUCUGGGCUUGCCGACCAGGCUGCCAAGCUCUCCUUUGCUUCGGCUGAAUCUUUGGAGACCAUGUCAGAAGCAGACGUUCCCAUCGGGUUUAACCGGAUGAACCGACUCCGCCAGAGCCUGCCGUUGUCUCGCUCCGCCAGCCAGAAUAAGCUACGAUCUCCAGGCGUGCUUUUCCUGCAGUAUGGAGAUGAGACACGCCGGGUGCAUAUCACCCAUGAGCUGAGCAGCCUGGACACGCUGCAUGCUCUCAUCGUGCACAUGUUCCCUCAGAAGUUGACAGCGGGCAUGCUGAAAUCACCGAACACAGCCAUCCUGAUCAAAGACGAGGCCCGCAAUGUCUUCUAUGAGCUGGAGGACGUCCGGGACAUUCAGGACCGCAGCAUUAUUAAGAUUUACCGCAAAGAGCCCGUCUACGCUUCUUACACCGGUUCUCCACACCUGGCGAACGGAGACCUGAGGAGGGAAAUGGUGUAUUCCUCUCGGGACUCCUCCCCAACACGCCGUCUCAACACUCUUCCCUCCUCCACGGCCUCAGCGUCCUCUGGCUCUCCGUCCCGCUCACGCCUGUCCUACAGCGGGGGCCGCCCUCCAUCCUUUGCCGGGUCCCACCCGCAGCACGAGCAGCCCAGACAUCCCCACCAUCCCGCACUCGGCCACGCAGCCAACGCGGGGCUGUCUCCCUCGGCCAGUGCCAUCCUGGAGCGCCGUGACGUGAAGCCCGAUGAGGAACUCUCUGCAAAAAACAAGGCGCUGAUGAAGAACGAGGCGCUGUACGCAGAUCCUUACAGCUUGAUGCACGAAGGCCGCCUCAGCAUCGCCUCUACCCAGUCUUUAGCCGCCAUCGGAGACCCUUUCAGCUUCCCCGUCUCCACGGGCCUGUACCGCCGCGGCUCUGUCCGCUCCCUCAGCACCUACUCGGCCGCUGCUCUUCAGGGGGACCUGGAAGACUCCCUCUACAAGCCCGGAGGAUCACUGUACGCCGAUACAUACUCCUCCGCCACCCUGGGCAUGGGUUUCCGCAUGCCACCCUCAUCCCCACAGAAAAUCCCUGACAUGCAGCUGAGGGACAGGGACUCGUACUCCAACUCGCCCAGAGCCUCACCUGUCAGGCAGUCGUUUCGCAAGGAUUCAGCUUCCUCCUCGGUGUUUGUGGAGAGCCCGAAGUCGAGGCCGAGCUCCGGUUCGGAGCCUCUGUGUCUCACAGGGGGACCUGGAGAUGGCAGCAGGACUAUGCCUGGUUUUGGUUCUUCUCUAUCUGGACAGGAUGCAGACUCUAGCAGGGAUCAUCGGCUGGAGCGUAUGGAGGCCAUGGAGAAGCAGAUAGCCAGCCUGACCGGUCUGGUCCAGAGUGUGCUGACCAGAGCACCAGACAGUGAUAGCACAUGCGGCCUGCUGCGUCUCUGCAUGAUGGCGGGCUGCCCUCCAGACCAAGGGACGGAGUUUUCACGGCCAUUACCUUUCUCUUCCAGCGAGAAGACCGAAACCAACAGUGACGGCUCCGCCACUGGAACUGGACGACUGAAGCAGAAAGCUAAUACACCAUCAGCACCUCUAGCUUUGAUGCCGCCGCCACCGUCUAACACAACCCCAGUCAACAGCGUCGGCCGCCUGCAGAUGAAGCUCCAUCUGCACGGUCUGCACCAAAACGCCACGGAUCUGCGCAAGCAGCUCACUCAGCUACGCAAGAUACAGCUAGAGAACCAGGACUCGGUGAGAGGUCUGCUGAAACGGACGGAGGCGGAGCUGAAUGUGCGCGUGGCUGACGCCCUGAGGAAGCAGGAGGAUCCCCUGCAAAGGCAGCGCCUCCUCGUGGAGGAGGAGAGACUCAAGUACCUCAACGAGGAGGAGCUCAUCAUCCAGCAGCUGCACGACCUGGAGAAGUCGGUGGACGAGAUCCAGAAGGAGUCGUCUGUCAACCACAAGCUGGUGACAGUGCAGGAGCUGGAGGAGAAGGCGUCCCUGCUGCGAAAGCUCGGAGAAACACUCACGGAGCUGAAAAAUCAAUUCCCAGGCCUGCAGAGUAAGAUGCGGGUGGUGCUGCGGGUGGAAGUGGAAGCUGUCAAAUUUCUGAAGGAAGAGCCACACAGACUUGAUGCCCUGUUAAAACGCUGCAAGACUAUAACAGACACCCUCGCCACCAUGCGCAAACAAGCAAACGAAGGGGUGUGGAAGAAGCCAGACGACUUCUCCAGUCCUUCAUCAAAGCACAACAAUGACUUGCGAAAGUUUUCCGACUUCGACAUUCCCAACAGCGCACCACUAACCCUCAAUGACCUCGGGGGAGGCAACAGUCUCUCCAACUGGAGCCCCCACGCCAGCCUCAGCCGAGGUCUGGGGAACUCAUCCGGCCCUCACAAGGACAAUCAUCCUCCUGUUCCUCAUAAAGGCAAAGCCCUGGAGGAGCUGGAGCGCCGCACUGCUGCUGACAAGGUUUCGUCCGUGGAAGUCCGACUGGCAGCGGAACGGGACUGGGAGGAGAAGCGGGCCAGUCUUACCCAGUAUAGUGCCCAGGACAUUAACCGUCUGCUGGAGGAGACCCAGGCCGAGUUGAUGAAGGCUAUUCCCGACCUGGAGUUUGCUGCCAAGCAGAUCAAGCCCUCCUCCAACGCAGCGUCCGCCCAGAACCCCCAGAGUGGGUCAGCAACCCUAGAGCACCGCACCAGCAAACCCCAGCACAAGCUUUCAGCGAAAGACGGGGGAUCCAGACGGGGCUCCGAUGAGUUAACAGUGCCUCGGUAUCGCACAGAAAAACCCUCCAAGUCUCCUCCCCCUCCGCCUCCAAGACGCAGCUUUCCCUCUUCCCCGGGACUAACCUCCCGCAGUGGAGAGCCACUGAUUCCUGGAAAAAGUGUAAAGAAAUCUGAAUCAGAAGAGAUUGAGGUGCACAAGCCUCAUGUAAAACUGAGGAGGGCCAUGUCUGAAAAUCCACGUCCUGCAUCCACACCCCCGACACUGGCGUCUGGAGAAAGGGACGAAAGUGAAGAGGAUAAAAUUGCUGCUGAACUGGAGAGUGGAAAUAAUGCCAGCAUCGGGAAAGUUGUCCACUCCACAGCUGCGCUGAAACUGAAGCAGCUGCAACAAAACAGCACAGACAAGACUAAAAGUGGCAAAAGAGAGGACUUUCAGAAAAGCCUGGGCCAGCAGCAGUGAGCAACCUGUCCGUGUCGAGCCUCUUCAGCCUCCUUCUCCUCCCGCUCACCCGACGACAGAGAUGCACACACCUAUCUGCCCCUCUUCACUUUACCAGUUCUUUUUAACAUCUCCAGAGUUGACCCCAAAAUAUGCUCUGAAACCUGUGCACUUGUAGAUGAGAAGGAGUGUGUAUGUCCGCGUGCGAGCAUGCAUGCACAGGCAUGUUUGAGUGUAACAGUGAAGGAAGGUGCUGCAGGGAAAUGUGUCCAACCACUACCAGUUUUCAGACUUUAAUUUUUCACGAUUUCCCACUCUGACCCCUGAACACCUCAUCUCUUUACACUCCUGCUCCACCCUCUCCUGUCUUUUGUGUCCCUGCUCCACUUGAAGGCCUUGGAGACCCACGGCGCUGGCAGUAUUGAGCCAUACGUCUCUGGUUUCAAAGCAGGUAUUUUUUCAAGCCGAGUGCCCUCUCCUGCGGCAGCGUUCGCCCCCGCCGUGAGGAAGUGCCCCCUGGAGGGGGCAAAGCCCUCUCUGAUAGUCUCGUCGAGCCAAGCCAAGGCCCUCCUGGCGAGUCUGUCCGCCUCUGGCCUCAGCGCCGAGGCCUUGCUCCUCUCCUCCGCCCUUCGUCAGCGCCGCCUUCUACGUGAGCAGCGAGGCUCCUACCUGCCCAGCAGCCAGUCCUCCUCCCCUACGCCCACCUCCACUUCCUCCUCAUCCUCUUCACCCACGACCCCUACUCCAUCCCUCUCUCCCUCCUCUCCUCCUCUCCCUAGUUCCUUCACUCUACCCUCUGGGCUUGGCAGUUCCACCAAAAAAGGCCUCGACAGCCCUGAUUUCAGCAACUGCAAGGAUGGUGGCAGCAAGCCCGUGAAUUAAGAACCCCCCCCAAAGCAUCUAUUAGUGAUGAAUGGAAGGAUGAGGACAUUGAGGAUGCCAUUCGAGCAUAAACCAUGAAGAAAAACUAAACACCUCAUAUGUUCUUUCAGGACUUUUAGGCUUUUUAUUCCUCUUCCAUAGCAUUGGACUCAGUCAAGACUUCAUCAUUUCACUGUAAAUGAGGUCUGAUUUUCCCUUUCAAACAAGAUUCUUUCUUUAGUCUGGUUGUACAGUUCCUCUGCACUUCUCCCACACGUUCAUCCUGCCAGUCUUUCAGAUGUAGAGCGCACAGGCCCCCACCAGCUGCCUGCUUUAAGCUGGUGUGAUUGGAUGUAUUCUCACAAACCUCCAUUCAGUGUGUUUAUAGUGGUGUGGUUGACUGGUUAUAGAGAAUAGAGCUGCAAUAAUCAUCAAUAAUCAGUAGCAUCCUGCGUCCAGGUCGGUGUUGCUCACACCUGCAUCUCAUGGCAGAAUGGAUGUCUGCUGAGAAUAUUCAGACAUUUAAAAAAAACAAACAAACAAACAAAAAAAACAGAAAAGAAACCAUGGGGAUGAUUGUGGUUUCGGGCGGUUUUGUGUAAAAAAGAAAAAAGAAAAACGGGCACUUUUUGCUUUUCUUGCAUCACCUGAGUUGAAAGUUUAAAUUGGUGCUAUAUUUUCCCGUCUGUUUGCACACACUUUAAAGAGUUUACAUGAUUGUUUUCCCUCCCUUAUUUAUUCCACACGUCCGCUGUGAUAUCAUGUUGCAUAUAAAUAUCCACGUGCACUUCUGCAAUAGAAAUCAUUUCAUGAAUAAUUAGAAAAAAAAUAAACAUGGUUUCAAUUGAGAGAAAAGAAUUACAGCAAACAACAAAAGCACAUUGUAAUGAACACUCCUGAAGCAGCACAUCUAAGGCACAUCUAAGGCGCAGUGACACAAACGGAAGGGAAAAAUGACCUUUCUUAAGAGUUAAAGGGAUGAUUUUCUCUAUAUGUGUACUUACUACUUGAUUAUGACAAUCAGGAUGUUUCCUUUGUAGCAUCUCACAGGCUGUCAGCAUCUCUGCACCUGAUAUCAAGUCCCAUCCCAAAGACUCAAGCACACUGGUGGAAAACACACACACACGCACACACACUUUACUGAGCUGAUGCCACUUAAAUAGUGUUUCACAGAUAUAUAAGAAAAAAAACUUUAUCAGCACGUAUGUACAAGGCAGAUGCAGUUUGGCUCUUGAAUGAGCUGAGAGGAAAAUGUAAAGUGUAUUAAAAAGCACAGCUUUCUCACAGCUACACUACCAACUCAACUGGAACAUUCGAAACAGACGAAUUAAAAAAAUGAUACAACAUGAAGAAGUUUCUUAACAUAAAGUUGCAGAGUAUGGGAUUUUGUUUCACUAUAGUUGGCUACCUAAUAAAAAUAAUCCUAAAGAUUUCUGUUGUCAAGAACAUGUAUAUAGGAAUAUUUAAUGAUACAGGAAUGUUUGCUGCUUUCUCUGGCCCUGAGCUCAGGUGAGACAGACUUUAACAGAUCAAAAUUUGUAAUCAUAUCUGAAUAAAAAAAAAAUGAAUGCACCACAGAGGGGGACCAUUUGACACAGAGUAAAAGUCCACGUAUAUACUGCAGAAUUUAAGUGCAUCAUUGCGCACAGCAUGGUUAACACAUCUGUGAAGGCAUCCUUACCGCUGAAGGAUAAAGAUACAGGUUUUGGAAUAACAUGCAUUUUUCUAAAUUCAGAAAGAUAAGUUCAGUCAUAGCAUAGCACUGUGGCUAUGUAGCAAAUGUAAAAAAAAUGGCUCACUUUUUCAACAAAAAAAAGAAAGCCAAACUAUUUAAUAGUUUUAAUUCAAUAUCAAGCUAUCAGAGCUAUAUUAAUGUCAUCAGCUCUCAAAAGCAUCAUGUUUCUAGCCUCAGUCCUUUAAGGAAAUUUCACUUCAUUUUCAACAUUGACCACAUUAUUUUUGUUCUACAUUUUACAUACUGUCCCUUUUUAUGUGGACCCAGGGCUUUUGAUUUUUGUCUCAAAGACUCUGGCUCACAGCGACUAGCACAAAGCUUUAAAUGUUUAGUGAACGUCCACAUGUGCUGCUAUGGUUUUAUCACUUUAUCGCUCUGAGACACAUUAUUAAGGGCCGCUGUGAUCCAAGUUGAAGUUCUGAUUAUUUAGAGCGCCUCACAGGCCUGUCGGCCAUGUCUUACGUGUAAAUAUUUUACAGCGAACCGUUCUGAAGCUGCCUGUUCAUGUGUUUUGCCUCGAAGCUGCCUUUCGGAGGGGGAUAAGGCUGAGCAGACGGUCACAGCCAAAGUGAUUCUUUUCUGCUGUUCUCCGGAGUGACUGUGUGAAAUUGAUCCUCUGCGGCGUGCAGAUUAAAACAUGUACAUAUAGGCUGGCGACAAAGAGUAGGCAGCGUGAGGAGAGGGUAUUAGUUUUGAGGACAUGAGUUUGAAGGCUACUUUAAUAGUAACAGCUUUAAGUUGCUCUGUCUCCAUCGAGAGUGCUUGUGAUGAGAGAAACUCAGAGAUGAAAAGAGUCAAAGAGAAGCUAAUUGGCCGCUCUUUCUCCGUCACUUUGACUUUGCUCUCUUUGGUGUGUGGCCUCUCUAAAACAAAAACUAUUUAUUUGAAGUUAUUAUAUGACAGUUUUUGCAGGGCCUGAAUUAUGAACCAUAUGUGCAAUAUUUAAUAAGCACUGCUGCAGUUUCACCAGGAUAGUGCUCUUUGCCUUUUCGUCGUAUUCCUGCCUGUUUGUCUUCAAGGACCUGUUACCAUGUUUUUCCCAGUGCCUGUAUGACUUUCUCGCCAGAAAUCCCAGAAUGCUCGCGUAUUAUUAGAUCAGCAGCACUGACAGAAGAACACUUUUUACCCAAAGAAGAUCCUGAGAGAACUGGCUUGUUGUCGUGUUUUUUCACCGAAAAGGGAAAAUAGCUCAUGAAAGGCAGUGUGUCAGGUUGCAGCGGUGGCUUUUGAGCAAAAUGGUCCCUGAGCUCUAACGGUGUGUAAAACUGCAAGCGCACAGCACAGCAGGCGAGCCUCACCCAGGGUGCACUGCAGGUUUAAGCCCCGGGUGUCUUUAUUGAGUGAAGUCAUGGAAAAGAAAAAAAAAAAAGAGAAAAAAUUCACUCACUCAUGCUGUUCCACUUUCAAAUCUAUAAUUUUCUGAGUUAAACUUGCCACAUAUGCAUAUGGUGAGGGCUGAGGAGGAAGGCUGCACACGUAGCAGUUUUCCCCAGCUGAUGUCGGAGAUGAACCCCGUCACAACUGCGUGACGAUGCUCUCCGGAUUUUUAUUUUAGUGUUUUAUUUUCUUUUUCCUGUGACGAGUGUUAAUGGGCUGUGAACUCAACAUGGCCGGAGGCUUCAGGCAUGUCGAACACACUCAGCGGACGCCUCUGGCAAUCAGAAAAACUCAUGCAAACUUGAAAUCAAACAUAAAUAUACAUAUAUAAAUAUAUCUAAGUGAGAUGUUUGUGUAUGAUAUUAUAAUUGUGAAGAAAAUGUGAUAUAUAUAUUUAGGCCUAGAUUCAAUUAUAUACUGUAAAAUGUCAUCAUCUCUUCUGUUUUAUAUAUUAGUGACCAUUUUGUACAGAUUUUUCUUUUUUAAUUCAUUGAAAGAGAUAUUACAUUUCACACUGAGAUUAUUUAUUCAUAUGGAGAACAUUUUUAUAUUUGUUUAAAAUAGCUGUAUAGAUUACCGUUAGCCUCUGUAAUAUACACUGAAGUUCAUUUUGAAAUGCUAGGAUUUUCUUUACAGACUCUUGAGUCGGAUCUCAUGUAAUUUUGACUUGUUAAAAGUUGUCCCUGUAAAUGCUUGUCCAGCUUGUCUGCACCUUUCGCUCCCCUAAUUUGAAGGGUGACCGUUGGGUACGAGAGGCUGGACCAGUGCCUGUGCGUAGGGGCUCAUUUUGCUCCUAUCAUUUUGUCUGGAAGUGUUUUUUGUUUUGUUUUAUUUUUUUCCUGCUACAUCCUGUAUUUGUGAUUCAGGUCAGACAUUAAAGGCCUUGGGGAUGGUCAGAAAACACAGAUAUCGUGGUUCCGGUUGUGAAACGGGCACAAAAGUUCUCUAGAUGCUUGGCUCUUUGACAAAAGCGAGUGACUUGGCUUUAAUUUGUGUCUGUGUCACAUGUGUGUCUGCAUGUGGACAGCAUGGAGUAAAGAUGCUCUUUGAAGGGUUCAGAGGCAAGAAGUGGAUGUAAAUUUAGUGGCUCACACUGCUCCAGUUUGUGGCUUUAAGUAGCAGUUAAGCUAAGCUAUAGAAGUUGUAAAAACCACCAAGAUGAAUUAAUAAGGGAAUCACAUGGAACUGUAUUAAUUUUGCCAUUUUUUUUUUUUUUUAAAGAACAAAUCCAUUCUAUAGUAUGUAUAUGAGAUUUUUACAUGAAUGUGUGGAUGUUCAAAAAUCUUGGCAUCAAAACUAGAAAAAUCAAAAGUGACUUGUAAAUAGGCCGAGUCAUUCUUAGUGAGUUCGACAAAUUGUUAUGUCCAAAAGAUGUUUUAUUAAUAAACUAUGAAGAUGGGUACAAAGGUAUAUACGAAACAAUGCAUGUAUAGUCUCAAGCAAACGCACGGUGCAGUUGAUUUAAAAAAAAAAAAAAAAAAAGGAAAUCUAAAAAAAAAUACCGUCUACAUGUUUUUUCUCAAAGAUGUGAGAAAGCAAUAGAGAUGAAGAGGUGGAUCUGUGUUAGAGGUUUACAAAUACAACGAAUGACACAUUAUUUUGGUGUCUGUAACAGGCAUGUUCAGUCUUACUGUGAAGUUACGUGACGAUGAUGAUGAUGAUGAUGAUGAUGAUGAUGAUAGUGGACGAGAAUGUUGGACAUCUAGGAACCGGAAAGCUUGAGCGCACCCCAAAACAGAGACGUCGCCAGUGAAGACGUCCUCUUUCACAGAGUGAUUCUCCCAUUUGUAGAGUAGUGUGAUAUAAGAACUAAAAAAAAUUAAAAAUAAUACAGAAAAUAGAUCUAUGACAUAAUAAUAUAUCAAAUCUAAACGCCUACUGAUACUGGAGAUUCUAAUUUAUCAGUGUGGAUGCCAUGAUAUUUUGUGAGAAAUGUGUGUUUUUCCUGUGAGAAGACAGCAGGCGGUUGAACCUGCGUUCUUUUGUACAUAAUUUGCUGUGAUUGUGUGUCUAAUAAAGUGCAGCUCUCUUGUA